CAGGUCAUCAUGCCUGAACCAGCCAAAUCCGCCCCGAAGAAGGGAUCCAAGAAGGCCGUCACAAAGACCGCCGGUAAGGGAGGAAAGAAGCGCAGAAAGUCCAGGAAGGAGAGUUACGCUAUCUACGUGUAUAAAGUCCUGAAACAGGUUCAUCCUGACACCGGGAUCUCUUCCAAGGCGAUGGGAAUCAUGAACUCUUUCGUCAACGACAUCUUCGAGCGCAUCGGCGGUGAAGCGUCUCGUCUCGCUCACUACAACAAGCGCUCCACCAUCACAUCGAGAGAGAUCCAGACCGCCGUGCGUCUGCUGCUGCCCGGUGAACUGGCCAAACACGCCGUGUCUGAGGGCACAAAGGCCGUCACCAAAUACACCAGCUCCAAGUAGAAGAACAUCCGGUUUCUCAACCAAC